CUGAUGGUGUCCUGUAAGUUUUGUCAGCUUUCUGCAAUCUUUUUCAUUCCUUUUAUUACUCUGACUGGGUAAUUUCAAAUGACCUGUAUCUGGGCUUGCUGAUUCUUUCUCCUACUUGAUCAAGUCUGCUGCUGAAGCUGUUUGUAAAAUUUUUCAGUUCUGUCAUUGUGUUCUUCAGCUCCAGAAUUUCUGUUUGGUUCUUUUUUAUGGUUCCUGUUUUUUUUUGUUGAACUUCUGAUUUUGCCCAUGUAUUGUUUUCCUAAUUUCAUUUCCUGUCUAUCUACAUUGUUUUGUAGUUUAUUGAGGUUUCCUAAGACAAUUAGUUUUAAACUCUUUGUCAUGCAGUAUAGAUCUCCAUUUCUUUAGGGUCACCUCCUGCUGCUUUACUUUCUUCCUUUGAUGGUUUCUUGUUUCCUGAUUAUUUGUGAUCAGUGUUGCCUUGCAUUGAAGUAGGCACCUAUUUCAGUCUCUACAUACCAGCUUAAGCAGAGAAAGCCAUUCACUGGUCAUACUGACCAGAGAUUGUGGGUGGCUGUCUGUUGGGGUCUACGCACAAGAUUUCUGCUGGAGUUCUAAGCUGGGCAGGGCUGGAUUCUGGCUUCAGUGUGGUGGUCUGUAGUCUGUGCGCCAGGACUGGCUUAAAGCAUGGAUCCUCAGGGGCUGAUUUGGCCCUGAAAUGAGCAUUAAGCCUGAGUCUGCAGAGGCCGGCCUAACAUGGGGAUCACCUGGCACCUGAAUUCAUGAGGAUAGGCCUGUUUCUGAGUUUAUUUAGGCUGUCCUGGCACCAAAGUCCACUAGGGUGAGCCCAGCAUCUGAGUCCACAUGGCCCAGCAUGCAACUGAGAUCUCUGGAGACUGACCUCAUGCUGGAUUUGCAGGGAAUGGCCUGGAUUCUAAGCCCAUGGGUACCAACUUGAAUCCUUGGGCUGCUGGGGUUGAUAUGGAGGUUAGAGUCUUGGGGGCCAGGCUAGAGUUGGAGCAGGCCUGAAGUCUAGAUCUUCUGUUCUAGCCCCAAGCUCCAGGAGCUGAGCUGGUCAGGGCUGAACAUGGGGCUGAGGCCACAGAAGCUGGUCUGGCCUGUGGCAGGCCUGAAUCCUGGUGCUGGGGCUUACUGGAAUGGGCGUGGUGCUUGGGAUCUGCGGUGAAGUUGGGUGCUAUCUUAACUGUCCUUCCUCCAUGCAAGAGGGUAUCACUCACCAUACUGUGCUGCGCAGGCUUGAAGAUGGGGUGACACUGAUGAUGUGAAAUUGUCCUUCUUAAACUCGUCAGUGUGUCUUUUCUUAUUUCUGUGCUGCCACCAGGUGCUGUAACCUCUCACUUGAUUCAUUAGCUCUAGUGAAGUAAUUUUUGUGUGUGGAUGCUUAUUCAAAUCGAUGCUUCUGCAAGGAAUGAGCGCUAGAAACUCCUGUUCUGACAACCUCCUGUUCCUAUGCUUGCGGACAUCACUCCCUGAAAUAGUUAAUAUACUUAGCAGCUGAACACAGAUAGGAUGUUCAUCGAAUAUGUUGACAGGACAAAAAGUUGAAACUGUUGACGGAAACCCAAAGUCAAUAUUGAAGCCCAGCAAAAUAGUGCCCGCAGCGCCACAUGAGAACAGCUUGAAGACUGUUCAUUUUUAAGUGACAAGAGACUCCCUCACCUCCACAGAAGCAAUUGUGUUUUCAGAAUGAUUUUAUUCAAGCAAUCAACUUACCUCAUUUCCUUGUUUGCUACAGUUUCCUGUGGAUGUCUGACUCAACUAUAUGAAAACACCUUCUUCAGAGGUGGGGAUGUAGCUUCCAUGUACACCCCAAAUGCCCAGCACUGCCAGCUGAUGUGUACAUUCCACCCAAGGUGUUUGCUAUUCAGUUUCCUUCCAGCAAGUUCUGUCAAUGAUGUGCAUAAAAGGUUUGGUUGCUUCUUGAAAGACAGUGUUACAGGAACCCUGCCAAGAGUACAUCAGACAAGUGCCAUUUCUGGACACUCCUUAAAGCACUGCGGUCACCAAAUAAGCGCUUGCCACCGAGACAUUUUUAAAGGGAUUGAUAUGAGAGGAGUCAAUUUUAAUGUGUCUAAGGUUAGCAGUGCUGAAGAAUGCCAGAAACGGUGCACCAAUAGCAUUCGCUGCCAGUUCUUUUCAUAUGCCACGGAAACAUUUCACAAUGCAGAGUACCGGAACAAUUGCCUAUUAAAACACAGUCCCGGAGGAACACCUACCAGUAUAAAGGUGCUGGAUGACGUGGAAUCUGGAUUCUCACUGAAGCCUUGUGCACUUUCAGAAAUUGGUUGCCACAUGGACGUCUUCCAGCGUCUUGCGUUCUCAGAUGUGGAUGUUGCCAGGGUGCUCGCUCCAGAUGCUUUCGUGUGUCGGACCAUCUGCACCUACCAUCCCAACUGCUUCUUCUUUACAUUCUACACGAACGCGUGGAAAACAGAGUCACAAAGAAAUGUUUGUUUUCUUAAAACAUCUGAAAACGGCACACCAAGUUCCUCUACGCCUCAAGAAAACACCAUAUCUGGAUACAGCCUUUUAACCUGCAAAAGAACUUUACCUGAGCCCUGCCAUUCUAAAAUUUACCCAGGAGUUGACUUUGGAGGAGAAGAAUUGAACGUGACUUUCGUUAAAGGAGUGAAUGUUUGCCAAGAGACUUGUACAAAGAUGAUUCGCUGCCAGUUCUUCACUUACUCUUUACUCCCAGAAGACUGUAAGGAAGAGAAGUGUAAGUGUUUCUUAAGAUUAUCUUUGGAUGGUUCUCCAACUAGGAUUACGUAUGGGACACAAAGGAGCUCUGGUUACUCUUUGAGAUUGUGUACAACUGGGGACAGCUCUGUCUGCACAGCAAGAACAAAUGCACGCAUUGUUGGAGGAACCAACUCUUCUCUGGGAGAGUGGCCCUGGCAGGUGAGCCUGCAGGUGAAGCUGGCAGCUCAGAGGCACCUGUGUGGAGGAUCACUCAUAGGGCACCAGUGGGUCCUCACCGCUGCCCACUGCUUUGAUGGGCUGCCCUCACCGGAUGUUUGGCGCAUUUAUAGUGGCAUUUUAAACCUCUCAGACAUUACAAAAGAAACACCUUUUUCGCAAAUAAAAGAGAUUAUCGUUCACCAAAACUAUAAAAUCUCAGAAGAGCAUCAUGAUAUUGCCUUAAUAAAACUCCAGGCCCCUUUGAAUUACACUGAAUUCCAAAAACCAAUAUGCCUACCUUCCAAAGGUGACGCAAAUACAGUGUAUAGUAACUGCUGGAUAACCGGAUGGGGCUUCUCGAAGGAAAAAGGUGAAAUCCAAAAUAUUCUACAAAAGGUAAAUAUUCCUUUGGUGACAAAUGAGGAAUGUCAGAAAAGAUAUCAAGAUUAUAAAAUAACCCAACAGAUGGUCUGCGCUGGCUAUAAAGAAGGGGGGAGAGAUGCUUGUAAGGGAGAUUCAGGUGGUCCAUUAGUUUGCAAACACAACGGAAUAUGGCAUUUGGUGGGCAUCACCAGCUGGGGUGAAGGCUGUGGCCGCCGGGAGCAACCUGGUGUCUACACCAAAGUCGCUGAGUACGUGGACUGGAUUUUGGAGAAAACGCGGGGCAGGGACGGAAAAGCUCGGAUGCAGUCACCAGCAUGAGGAACAGCCCAGAGCAGAGGUGAUUUUUACAACCUGGGUUCAAAUUCUGAGCCUGGGGGUCAUCUGCAAGGCAUGGAGAGUGGCAUCUACUUUGCAUCCUGUUGUAAGGACAAAGGGGAAAGUGCACUCAGCUGCCGAGGACAGUGUCUUGCUGAGGCCAGCUGUCGGCAUUCAGUAACUGGGAGCUGGUGCUGCGAGGUUGCAACUGAACGUGUCCAUGGUUGCGUGUUGGGAAAUAAAUGGUAAAAGAUCA